UUUUGAAGUACUGAAAAUAUUAAAACCGAAUAUUAAACAUAUGACGGUGUGAUGUGAUGUAAUAAUAGAAGUAAAUAUUACAUUUUCCAAAAUUUUCCAGUUCUGAAGUCGUACAAUGUAAUCGGAACUAUCUUUUAAUCGCAUCACAUAUCGUCCUCGGUCUAAACAGCAACAUAAAACGCUCAAAAUGAAUUUCAAGAUGUCAUAUUUUCGAUUUACCCAAAAACAGAUCCGUUUCUUGUCUAGCAAAUCAAAGAACCAUUACGAAUCUCUGGGUAUACCCUCGAGUUCGACACAGAGUGAAGUAAAGACCGCUUACUAUAAACUGUCAAUGCAGUAUCACCCGGACAAAAGUCAGAGUACCGAGUCCUCGCAGAAAUUCAGAGAUAUAACAGAAGCUUACAAGGUGUUAGGAAACGCAAAAACCAGGAAGCUUUACGACAAAGGUUUGUACUUUGGCGGGGCUGCCUCCGUUACUACAGAUGACAGCACCAACAAGUUUCACAAGUCGAGAGAAACCCGUUCUCGACCACCACCGCCUACAGGCAGGACACCGAUAUACGAUUACGACGAGUGGUCUAGAAGCCACUAUGGCGCUACUUUUCAACGCCAAAUGGCGUAUAAAAGGAGAAUGCGAAUGCACAAUCAAAAACGAGAGCAGGACCUCAACGACGUCAAGCUGGAAAAAUUACUCUUCGUGCUUGGGCUUGUACUUGCUAUAUGUAUGUAUCUUUUCCGUGAUAAAACCGAUUACGACGAGGUUUCUUAUUUCUCUUUACGGCCGUCAAAACCGAAAACCCAGGAUUGACGUGACGUUUUGUCGUGUUUAUUAGGUUACGAUAUUGCCGCUAUAUAUUUAAUAAAAUCUGCUUUCCGAAAUCUUGACAACAAGGAAAAGUAGAAGAUUGAGUAGCGACUGCAACCUAUAAAUACAUUGUUACUUACGAAUGUGCAAUAA